AUGGACAAAUUGAAGUGCCCCAGCUUCUUCAAGUGCAGGGGGAAGGAGAAAGUAACAGCAUCAUCUGAGAAUUUCCAUGUUGAUGAAGGUGAUGAGAAUCAGGAGCGUGGAAACUGGUCCAAAAAAUCAGAUUAUCUCCUCUCUAUGGUUGGAUAUGCCGUGGGAUUGGGAAAUGUGUGGCGAUUCCCGUAUCUCACUUACACAAACGGCGGAGGUGCUUUCUUGAUACCUUAUACAAUUAUGCUAGCAUUGGCUGGUUUACCUUUGUUCUUCCUAGAGUGUUCACUGGGACAAUUUGCUAGCUUAGGCCCUGUUUCAGUUUGGAGGAUUCUGCCAUUAUUCCAAGGUGUGGGAAUCACAAUGGUCCUGAUAUCCAUCUUUGUGACAAUAUACUACAAUGUCAUAAUUGCCUAUAGUCUUUACUACAUGUUUGCUUCUUUCCAAAGUGAACUACCAUGGAAAUAUUGUUCUUCUUGGUCAGACAGUAACUGUAGCAGAUCACCUAUAGUAUCUCACUGUAACGUGAGUGCUGGAGAAGAGUUCAUUCAAAUGAAUAUAACCUGGGUAGAUGCCAACAACUUUACUUGCAUUAAUGGCAGUGAAAUCUAUCAGCCAGGACAGCUUCCCAGUGAACAGUAUUGGGAUAAAGUGGCACUUCAACGGUCAAGUGGAAUGGAUGAAACUGGAGUAAUUGUGUGGUAUCUAGCACUUUGUCUUCUUCUGGCUUGGCUCAUAGUUGGAGCAGCACUAUUUAAAGGAAUUAAGUCUUCUGGCAAGGUGGUAUAUUUUACAGCCCUUUUUCCCUAUGUGGUCUUACUUAUUCUGUUGAUACGAGGUGCAACUCUGGAGGGUGCAUCAAAAGGCAUUUCAUACUAUAUUGGAGCACAGUCAAAUUUCACAAAACUUAGGGAAGCUGAGGUUUGGAAAGAUGCUGCAACUCAGAUAUUUUAUUCCCUUUCAGUGGCUUGGGGUGGCUUAGUUGCUCUGUCAUCAUACAAUAAGUUCAAUAACAACUGCUACUCUGAUGCCAUUGUAGUUUGUUUGACAAAUUGCCUCACUAGUGUGUUUGCUGGAUUUGCUAUUUUUUCUAUUUUGGGACACAUGGCUCAUAUAUCUGGAAAAGAAGUCUCUCAAGUUGUAAAAUCAGGCUUUGAUUUGGCAUUCAUUGCCUACCCAGAAGCUCUAGCCCAACUUCCGGGUGGUCCAUUUUGGUCCAUACUGUUUUUCUUCAUGCUUUUAACUCUGGGUCUCGACUCUCAGUUUGCUUCAAUUGAAACAAUUACAACAACAAUUCAAGAUCUAUUUCCCAGUGCAAUGAAGAAAAUGAGAGUUCCGAUAACAUUGGGUUGCUGCUUGAUUUUGUUUCUCCUGGGUCUCAUCUGUGUGACUCAGGCUGGAAUUUACUGGGUUAAUCUAAUUGACCACUUCUGUGCUGGAUGGGGCAUUUUGAUCGCAGCUAUACUGGAAAUAGUAGGAGUUAUCUGGAUUUAUGGAGGGAACAGAUUCAUUGAAGAUAUAGAAAUGAUGAUUGGAGCAAAGAGGUGGAUAUUCUGGCUGUGGUGGAGAGCUUGCUGGUUUGUUAUUACACCCAUCUUGUUGAUGGCAAUUUUAAUAUGGUCACUGGUGAAAUUUCAUAGACCUGAGUAUGCUCAAAUUCCAUACCCUGACUGGGCAGUUGCUCUAGGCUGGUGUAUGAUUAUUUUCUGCAUCAUUUGGAUUCCAAUUAUGGCUGUUGUCAAACUAGUUCAGGCCAAAGGAAACAUCCUUCAACGUAUUGUCAGCUGCUGCAGACCAGCUUCUAACUGGGGUCCAUAUCUGGAAAAACAUCGUGGAGAGAGAUAUAAAGACAUGGCACAGCCUGAGAAAGAGAUUGACCAUGAAAUACCAACUAUUAGUGGCAGUAGGAAACCAGAAUGA